AUGCCCGGGUCGCAGUACAAGUCGCUGCUGGUGUGCUACCGCACCACCUCGGAGGAGCUGGUGCAGCUGCUGCUCAACUGCUACAACAGUAAGGAGAGCCCCGGCGCGCUACGCCAUCCACGAGGUGUGCUCCACGCCCUACAGCGACCGCCCACUGCGCCGCGACGAGUGUCCGCUGCUGGUGCAGAGCGAGUGGCCCCGUGCGGCGCGGCCCCGCCUGUCGCUGGUGCUGCGCCGCACCGCAGCCUACGGCAUUGUGCUGCCGCCCAGGGCCUCGUGGCGCCACAGCCUGGGCCACUCAGACCACAGCACCGACACGGACUCAGAGCAGGAGGACGCCGCCCCCGUCCCCCGCGCCCCCCUGCCAAGGGUGUCCUCCAAUGACAGUCUCUUCACCGGCGACCUGGCCAACUCCUCCAUUCCUGCAUCCUCCACCUCCAACUCCUCCUCCUCCUCCUCCUCUUCCUCCUCCUCCUCCUCUUCCAGGGUAUCAUGUGACUCUGGAUUUUUCUCUCCCUCUUCCUCAUCCAACGCCUCAACAGGAUCUCCUUCCCCUCCACCCUCUCCUUCUCCUUCUUCCUCCUCUUCCUCCUCCACCUUUACCUGCACCUCCCUCCACCAGGAAGAGGAGGAGCGGCCCCCUUCACCUUCCCCUCCCUCCACAAUACAUCUAGAGGAGUGUGAUGCUACCUCCUCCACCUCCUCUUCCUCCUCCUCCUCUUCCUCCUCCCUUCUCCUCCUCCACACACCUCCCUCCUCCCCUGUGAGCGUCUAUUCCAUCUCCUACACCUCCUCCUCCUCCCCAGUGAUCUCCAGAUGUAUCCUUCACACCACUUCAUCUCCCUCCUCCCCUGUGCCUCCACCCAGGGUUAGGCACCGCUUGCCUCCACCUUCCUCCAUAUCCUUCCCUUCCUCGCCCAUUCCUCCACCAAGGACUAAACACUCCUCCCUCCGCUCCUCCACCCGCUCUAUUCCUUCUUAUUUCCUCUCGUCCUUCUCUUCCGCUUCCUCUUGUUCCUCACUUCAGUCCCUCCCUCCACCUACUGUCUCUCCAGCUUCCUCUUCCUCCUCCUCCUCUCCCACUUCAUCAUCAUCAUCUAUCACCACCAUCACCACCACCACGUCGUCUCAUCCCUCCGAGGUGACUCACAACUCAACAGAAGAGAGCAUCAAGCAACUCUCUGCAGCCCUCGAGUCACUCAGGUCACUCACUAUACGCUGUCCAGACUACGACAACUGCUUCUACAUCUGAGUCACGGAAUCAUCAGGGAAGGGCGAGGGAGAAGCGUAGGUGGAGGAGGUGGAGGAGGUGAAGGAGGAGGAGGAGGGUGACGACAAGACAGUGAAGAAGAUAAAUGAGGAAGAGAAGUAAGGCAGAGAAGAGUGAGGCGAAUGACAACGACUAUUAGACCAAAGAAGGAGGCGAGGAAGGAAGAGGAGGAGGCGUGAUGAGGGAGGGUGAGGGAGGAGGCCACAGGGAGGAGGCAGGGAACUACAAAUAUGAGCGAGAUAACCUCCACCAGCCUCCACCAGCCUCCCCCACCUGUCCCCCAGCCCUCCCUCCUUCAGGUGUAGUAACUCACCAGACUCAUCAGUGGGUGCUCGGGUACAAAAUCCCUCACCAUGAAAGAAAGAAAAUGGAUGUUAAUGAGAGGCAUUCCAAGCAUUACAGGAGAUUACCAAGGAUUUCAAAUAGCAAAAGACUCUUGAUUUUUAACUAGGCAAGGCUAUUAAGGAAGGAAAAAUUGAUGAAAGUAUAAAAUAAGAGACUUGAAUAUAAAGUUAACAGCAAACGGAGUGCUGAAAUUCCCUGACUUUUGAACUGCAGUAAGGAGAUUAACGUUCCUAAAUACACUGAAGCAACUAAUAACUAACCAAGCUUUUAAAGAAGGAAAAAAAUAUUAAACCAUAAAACAAGACUUGGAAAUUAAUACAACGUUAACAUCAAACCAAGUGCUAAAGUUCCCUUACCUUUGAACUGCAAUAAGAUGAACUUUCCUAAAUGCACUGGAAGGAAUGCGAAGGAAAACUUUUAAGUGUGAAGGGAAUGAGAGCAUGACACCUCCCCCCUCGUCGUCAAGGUCACAGCUCACCUGUGCCUCGCCAGGUAACGCAACACCUGGAGGUCACGGGGUCACGCUCACCUACCCACACCUGGCUCAAGGCCCCAGGUGUGUGUGAGCCAGACGCGCAGACAGACAGGCGAAGAGAACAAUAGAUGAGUGGAAGGGUGUAAAUAUAAACAGAGUGAAAAACAGACGGAUGAUACAUGGAAAGACUAACAGACACAGACACACAGACAGACACGCUCCUGACACACAGACACACAGACAGACGCACAGAGAGACAAACAUACACGCAAAUAUGAAAAAUCGAAAGACAGAAAGGUGGACAGAUAAACAGAUGAAAGUACAGGAAAACAGACAUAGAGAAGAGAAAGAAAGAAAGAAAGAAAGAAAGAAAGAAAGAAAGAAAGACAGAGACAGACAGACAUUAAAAACACAUAAAGAGACGGAUGGAAGAAUAAAAAUAUAGGUAAACAAACAGACAGACGGACAGAAAGACAGACACACAGACAGAAAGACACAUAGACAGUCACCAAUUAAGCUAAGUUCGUUGGAAUCUAAGUCAUGUAUGUACAGAAUAAGUCACUUUGAUGAGUCAGUCAGUCACGGCUGGACUCACUUCAGUCACUGCUCGCCUCUGACUCAACAGUAAGUAGGGUAAGUCACUGCCAAGGCAAGUCAGUGGCGAGUGCGGUGCGGCAGUGUAGCAGUGUAGCAGUAUACCUAAGUACACCUAGCAGAAGGUGCCCAGUGUACAUAAAGUGUCAGUGUGUUGUACAGUUGCCGUAAAUAUUAAGUACAAAUUAUUAACAGCUAUUAAUUAUUACUCAUUUUAUAAUAUUUUGUGUGUAUCUAAUAUAUGUAAUUCACCACACUAAGUAGUCUAUGUAAUUCUUUUCUAUAUACGUCGUAACUUUAACUCGUAAGUAAUUCCUGUAUAUGUACAUACGUAACUUUACAAAUAUAUGUAUGUAUGUACACUAAUUCUCUACCUGCGCCAUAUUCACGUAUUAAUGUAUGCAUAGUCUUUUGUUUUUCAUGUUUAUACGUAUGGAAGUUUAUACAUAAUGUGCUAAGUUCUUUAUAUUCACCAAACCUUGACUACACCUGUGUUGAUCUACCUCCCACGAGCUGCUGGUGCGCCCCGGAGUGUGAAGUGUUAGGAGAGCGUCACACCAAACCAAAUAAUGUGUUGUAAUUUCGUGAGUUAGAGAAUCUUCUAUUAUACCUCUCUCUCUCUCUCUCUCUCUCUCUCUCUCUCUCUCUCUCUCUCUCUCUCUCUCUCUCUCUCUCUCUCUCUCGAUUAUGUCUCGCAUUCUUUGUUUUUCAUGUGUAUUUUUCCUGAUUCCGUCUUAUCAGUGUAUAUUAUUAUUUUGUAAACUGCUCUACACAUCUUUAACCUUUCCUCCUCUUCCUCCUCCUCUUCUUUCUUCUUAUUCCUCCUCCUCUUCACGUACCCUCAUCAACAGUUCAAUACCUCCGCCACGACCAAUGCCAAACCACCACCCCCUUCUCUUCCUCCCGACUCAACUCCCCAACAUCCCUUCCACCCCACAGACCCUCCUCCCCUUCUUGCCUUCCCCCUUCAGCAUAAUCCCUUCCCUUCACCCACCCAAAGCAGUCCACCCCAUCAUCCCUUCCACCAACUAGCCCUCCUCGUCAUCAUCAUCCACUCUCUAGCCUUCCUCCUCCUCCUCCUCCUCCUCCUCAUCCCUUUCCCCCACAUCCCCACCGACCCUCCUCCUUCUCCCCGCCUCCUCCUCAUCAUCCACAUUAUCAAAGAGCUCAAAGGUCGCAUGGAAAAUAUAGAGAAAUCAUACCUUUUCUGUGCUGGAGACAAAAACAAGAAGAGGAAAAGAGGGAGAGAACCGAGAGAAUUCCCCCUCUUCCACACACACACACACACACACACACACACACACACAAAGCUACACUUCCUGACAAGAACACCCACCCAUCUACACCCAGGUUCUUGACCCUACACACGCGCCCCGCCUGUAAACUCGAGCUACAGUCAUGAAGCCAAGUUAGGUCUCUUUCCCACUCAACCUUCCGCCUGUUCUGAUCCUUGGUGGAUUAACUUAUCGCUCUGUAAAAGAUUCCAUAUGAAGAGCGGUGGUUGAUGUAGAGGAAGGGAAUUAAGAAAAUUAACGCCUUUCUUGUGUGUGUUACCUGUGCUGUGGCCUAUUGGGUGAUUGCAGGUGUGAAGGUCUGCAGGUGGUGGUGGUGGUGGUGGUGGACAGGUAGAUGAUAAGAUAAUGAGGGUGAUUUGAAAUUUUAUCCCUUUAUUUUUUUCUUUUUUUCUUCUUUCUUUGUAUUUUAUUUGUGUAUGUCUGUUUCUCUCUCUCUCUCUCUCUCUCUCUCUCUCUCUCUCUCUCUCUCUCUCUCUCUCUCUCUCUCUCUCUCUCUCUCUCUCUCUCUCUCUCUCUCUCUCUCUCUACACUUCUGAUAGCUAUCCUUCUUCAUGCUUUCAUUUCUUAUUCAUUUUUCUUCUGUAUCUUACCUUCCCUCAAAAGCGUAGUAGCAGAAACUUCCUCUCUAUUUUUUUUCAUUUACUUUCCUUUAUUAUUCUUUCCAUCCUUGCUUCUCUAUUUGUGUAUAUAUAAAACUUACGAAGAAAGAUAACAGAAACUUUAUCAUGAAUGGGAGUGAAAAAAAAAAAUGAAAUCUGUAUUAUUAUUAUUAUUAUUAUUAUUAUUAUUAUUAUUAUUAUUAUUAUUAUUAUUAUUAUGGUUAUUAUCAUCAUCAUUGUCUCAAAGGUGAAAAUUAUCGCUACCAAAGAAUCAGUUGCAGUGUGUCUUCUUUUGUAUAUGUAAAUAAAACUUAAUUGUA